AUGUCUGUUGCCUUCCAGCUGGUUUCCCUCCUGAGGGUUGACCAGCUUUCCUGCCAAAUUCUUUCAUACUCCUCAUUGAGUACUGCCUCUUUCUCAAAGGGGUUGAGCAUAGACCCUAUGUCUGUCAAGCACAAGCUCAUAGCUUGUGAGCUUGGGGUCUUCAUGGCCCCAGGGAAGUGUGAGGGUCCAGGCUCUGGUCUGAGCCUGGGUUCUGAAAGCGAUUCCAGAAGAUCUUUUGUGUUGCUGAGGUACAUGGUUUGUACCUCUUUGACUGGGAUUAGAGCCUUCAGCUCUAGUUCAGGAAUUGGUGUUGAUGGUUGCAAGAUACCUCUUGAGCAUCCCAGAGGCAUCCCUGUCAUGAUAGACAAGUUUGAAAAGGGGAGAGUGUCCUCUGUUUCUAAUCCAAGCAUGUUCAUAGGGUUCACCAGGGGGCAUGGGGAAAUCUGA